AUGGGGCCUCUCACAUCAAAAUUACACUACCCGGUUGUCGAGCCAGCCUGCGAUAUGGCUCGGCUAGAGGAACUGGAGAGCGCUGCGUGUGACGUUAUCCAAUAUGUGAAACAGAUACAUGAUCUUAGGCAUGCGAGACUUUCGGUCAUCGGAGGGUUGGCAUUAAUGCAUUACCUCCCUAAAUACCGCUCAACAGAUGAUAUCAAUUUUAUUACGAAUAUAUCGACCUCUCCAAGUUCGCUGAAAAAGCGGUUGUUAGAACGGCCAGACUCGCCCUUCUUCCAGCGUGCACAGACACUCUUCUAUAGAGCACCCAGCGGUCGGGAAAUCGUAGUUGAUAUAAGCCCGGAAUGGCUUUCACCUUACCUUCCAGACUCGGCUGUAAAAGUGCAAGACAUCGCGCGCGACCAAAUCCCGUACAUCUCCCUUACCGACCUGAUCGUGUUCAAGCUGGAUUCGAGCGGACUGCGAUCUAGCCCCGUGAAAAAAGAGCGCGACGCACAGGAUGCCGCGGCUCUAGUCGCUUUCGCCACGGACAAAAGCCCCCUACAUCUUUCCGAGAGACAGGAGCAAAUCGUAGAAGAAGCGCUCUGCGACGUGGCGAGAUGCGGUACCAAGGAAAAGGGCUGGUGGGAGAACCGCAUGGGCCUAACGAAGAAAGCCGCCGCCGACGGACCCCCUCACGGAUCAUCCCCCCCUCACGACAACCCGGGUCGCGGGCGCAAGCAGAGCCGGCCUCAUUCUAAAUCGGACCCUUCGCCAUCCAGGAGUCCGCCGCUCGCAAACGAUCCCAACACGGCGUGGCACUACGAGCGGCUGGAUCGCGGGCACAUGCGGCGGUUCAACUCGCUGCACAGCAGCAGCCGGAGCGCAAACGGCAACCACCACAACAACAGCAACAACAGCAACAGGCCAGGGACCCCGCGCUCGUCGUCGCAGCGCAUGCUCCGGGACACGGGGUGCACGAUGACGCAGCCCAAGACGACGCACGCGAGCUUCCAGCUGGGCGCGCGGCGGUCCGGCCUGAGCAAGGAAGUCAGCCCGGACUCCAACUUCUGCUGCGACGACGAGAAGUGCUACAACCUCGAGCCGGGCGACGGCGGCGAGAGCAGGAGCAAGAACGAGUCCGGCGGGUGCGGUUCGCCCGCUGGACACUUCGACGACGACGUUACGCGCACGCCGCCGGGCGGCCUCGGGACGGUCACGGAGCACGAUAUGAUGGGGGGUGGUGGUGGUGGCCGCUCCAGUUCGGAAGAAAUGUCGGGGUAAGGUAGAUCACCCUUCUACGCGCAUACCCCACUACGCGCCACCUUUUCCCAUACAAAAUCAGC